UUUGUAAUAAUUUAUCAGAAAUGGAACAAAAUAAAACAAAUCAGCAGAAUGAGUUGUUCCACAUCGGCAAGGACUCAAAUAAGGAUUCUCUAAAGGUAGAUAGUAGAAUUCAAAACAGAACAAACCAAUUUUUAAACAAUCAAGAUGCUGACCAACUUAAAAAGAACUUAAGUGAGCACAAUGAAGCGAGCAGGAAAGAGAUCAAGAACCAAAAGUUUACAAAGAAUAGAAAUUGUGAGGCGAAAGACCAGUCUGAGACCGAUAAUAUCAAAGACAUUCUUGCCGAGAAGACUGAGCACACUAUUACUCAAGCACAAUCGUUAUGGGAUAAAGGAAUAGACUUUAUGGAUUACUACCUAUUUUUGAAUAACACUAAAUUCGAGAUCACUGAUUCCCCAUUUCUUCAAGAGCUGAUAAAAUCUGACAAAGAUCACAACAUUUUAUUGGCAGUAGUUGGAUUGAGAAAAUUGUUAUCUCUUGUUGACAAUCCUCCUAGACAGUGUGUAGUUGAUGCAGAUCUGCUUCCUCAGUUAAUUACUCUGACUAAUAAAAAGGAUGUUCCUAAAAUUCAGUUUGAAGCUCUGUGGUGCCUGACAAAUAUUGCUUGUGGUAAAGCAGAGCAUGUCGAGACUCUUGUUGAUAAAGGAAUCAUUCCUAUCUUAACCAGCUUGCUUAGGACCACCCAAGAUAAAGAAGAUGAAACUAAGACUUAUCCCGACCUUGAUCCACAUAAAAUUGUUGAGCAGAGCAUCUGGGCUUUAGGAAAUAUUGCUGUUGAAGAUGCUCAUUAUAAAGCUAAGAUUCUAAAAGAAGGAGCUCUGAAGCAACUUGGUAAUAUUCUCCAGAAAUCUGAACCAAACUCGGGCUUUACGAGAAAUUGCAUGUGGUGUAUUAGAAACUUAUUGAGAAAUAAGCCUUUUCCAAAGCUUGGAGAGCUGUUCUAUCUUAUCCCAAUAAUCAGUGAAUGCUUGAAGACAAAUGAUAAAAAUAAGAUUCUUACUGAUGGUAUAUGGGCUUUGUACUACAUCUCAGAGGUUGGAGAGAAAACAAAUACUGUGAUGAUCCAAUGAGGACUCAUUGAAAUACUUAAGCCUUACCUCAAGCAUUCCGACAAUAACAUAGUUCUUAGAUGAGUAAGGAUCUUUGGUAACUUCGUGCUGAGAGAAGAAAAUGAGACUCAGGCUGUUAUUGAUGCUGGGGUGUUGCCUCAUCUUCAUGACUUGCUAUCUCAUCAAGAUAAUACUAUUGUCAAGAAAACUUGUUGGAUGUUAUCCAAUAUCUGUGCUGGGCCAACCGAUCAUAUAUCAGCCUUAAUAAAAUGAGGAACCAUUGAUAAACUAAUAGAACUAAUUGAAGUAGAAGAGUAUGAGAUUGGAAGUGAAGCUGGCUGGUGUAUCUCUCAUGCCAUCGUCCACAAUAAUGCAGAAAUUGUAGAAAAAAUUGUCAGCAAGAAAGGAAUCGAAGCAAUGUGCUACUUAUUAAAAUCUAAGAUUAAAGUUAAAGCAGCAAUAAUUCUUCUAGAAGGAAUAAAAAUUUGUCUUAAUAUUGGCCAACAAAGCUUCAUCAAUGAGGAAGGAUUCAACGAGUUCGCUUUAAUAUUUGAAAAUUGUGGAGGUUUAGACACAAUAGAGAAAUUUUAUGCACAUGAAGAUCAUCUCAUUUAUCAGCUCGCAGAAGAGAUUAUUGAGUCAUACUUUCUAGUUGGUGUAAAUCUUGAUGAUGACGAAGUAGACAUUACCCAACAAUUUUAAGUUUAUUUAUUAUGACAUAGAUUCUAGAUCAAGAACAGAAAACUUACAUUGAUUAGAUAUUUUUCUCACUCAUAUUCUUGACCCUUAAAACAUCUCAACUUCAAAUUCAACAA